AUGUCGUCCUCCGCUGUCAUGUCUGCAGGCCCAGGAACACCCGCUAGCGCUUCCCUCUACUCCUACAGUACCAACACAUCCUCCUCCACCAUCGCCGCGCAACAGCGUCUCGCCUCGACCUCGAGACACUCCCCACAAGCAUCACUCCCUGUCAAUGCGAGCACCAACAUUCUCGAGCGGCCUCUGAACCGCACACGUACAUCCGAAGUAUCCCUCGCUGCAUGGGCGUUCAUGCUCGCCGAGAUCAUCUCAUACUCCCAGUCCCGCGUCGACAGUGUCAACGACCUCGAGAAGCGCCUCUCAGCGUUGGGAUACGAGGCAGGCCAGCGUAUCCUUUCCUUGCUUUUGGUGCGACAGGCGCAAGGGAAUAAUAUGAAGGACCCGCGCCGGGAACACCGCCUCAUCCCCAUCCUCCAGUUUGUGCACACUCAGGUGUACCGGUACUGCUUCGGGCGGCCAGCUGAUGGACUCGAGCGCAGUGUGGAAGGAGAGGACGAGUACAUGAUUACGAUGAACCAGCCGCCUUUGACACAGUACAUUUCGGUGCCAAAGGAUAUGGGCGGCUUGAGUUGCGAGGCCUUCACGGCCGGUAUCGUGGAGGGGGUGCUUGACGGCCUCGACGUGCCUGCCCGCGUCACGGCACACACGGUCGCGACCGACCAGUACCCCCAGCGGACGGUGAUCCUGGUCAAGCUCGACCAGCGGGUGAUGGACCGCGAGGCCACGCUGGGCAAGUAG